UGUGUUAGAGCAGCGCGACUAUAGUGCUGUGCUACUUCUUUUUUUUUCAGCAUAUACCCGUACACACACACACCCAAACAAUAACAUCGGGGGCCCCAAAAACGCUCGUUUGCUUGCGACCGACAACGACUGACCAAAAACUUCGUCGUGAAUGGUAAAUGAAAAAAGAAAAAAAAAAGUAAAGUGCACUUUUUACCCUCCGCAAAAAAAAAAAAAACAAAAAAAGUGCAAAGAAAUUAAACAACAAAAACAAGAGUAGCAAGUGCAAGUGGCAAACAUAAACAACGGCAACAGCAGCAGCAAGAACAACAACUAAACAAACGCAGAUCAGCGUACUGUGUGAAUAUGUGUGUGUUACAGUGUUGUUAUUGCAUUGGUUAAAAAAAGAACACAAGGCAAUUAAAGCUUUUGGAUGCGUGUAAAUUUGAACCGGUAAAAUUAGCCGAUCCCUUGUGCCUUGUGCCCCUGCUGCAUGUGCAACAGUAAACAACAGUAGCAUAGAAGAAAGAGCAGCAGAAGCAUAAGCAACAACAAUACUGCAAGACGCUACGAGCACGUUGUCCUGCCCCUGCCGCCAAUCUGGUGCAGAGUCAUGGACACCAUUUGUAGGCUGUGUUUUCAGACAGCAACGUUAUUCCAAGUGCCCGGCUAUAGCAUACCCACGUGCGUACGUUGCUCGGAGCAGUUGACAAGCAACUCGAACUUCCAUCAGACGGUGCGAGUACAGGAUGGUGCUUCUUCUGCCGCUUCUGUGGCGGCAGUUGCAGUAGCCGCUGCCGCUGCUGCCUCUUCAGCGGUCGGUGAAGGCGACUCGGUGGCAGCACAGCUGACCAACGGCAGCGCUGUGGCCGCUGUACUGCAAUUGCAACAACAACAACAACAACAGCAGCAGCAACAGCAACAACAACAACAACAAUUGCAAUCAUCAAGUUCUUCCGAGAAUCUACAAUCGCAGGACGAUUCUGAAGAUGUGGAUCUGAUAUUCAACGAGGAGGGCUCCUGCCCGCUGUGCAACAAGACCUUCUCGCGCAAAUCCUCGCUCAUGACGCACAUACGCAAUCACUCAGCAGAGCGCAAGUUUGUUUGCAGCUACUGCCACAAAGGAUUUACGCAAGCAGCGAAUUUGCGCAAUCACGAGCGCAUACACACAAAUGAUCGGCCGUAUCAGUGCGUUGAUUGUGGAAAGACUUUUACCCAAAUCACAAAUCUAAACAAUCAUCGACGUCUUCAUACUGGCGAACGUCCCUUUGUAUGCAAUGAACCGGAGUGUGGUCGAAGUUUUGCACAGGUGACCAAUUUGAACAAUCACAUGAAGUCCCACCACAAGGUGCAACAAUACUGCUGUAAUGUGUGUAGCAAGAAAUUCACCCAGGUCACCUCACUCAAUCAACAUCUGCAGGCACACGCAGGUGUCACUGGAUAUUAUUGUCCACGCUGCCCGGAGAAGAACUUUAAGCUACAGUCACAGCUGCACACGCACAUGAAGACUCAUGGACUGGCCUUUCCCUACGAGUGCAGCAAAUGCGAUGAGAAGUUUCUGCAGCAAUCGCAUCUCGAUCAGCAUCUCAAGAUGCAUGACGAAUUCAAAUUCAAGUGCGAUAUUUGCCCCAGUAGCUUUAAUCAGGAGUCUUUGCUCAAGAAGCAUGUACAACGCCAUGUUGAGGGUCGCUACUUGAACUGUCCGGUGGCCAAUUGUGCCGAAUCGUUUGCAGUUCGACAGCAUCUAUCGAAACAUUUGCUCACCAACCAUUCACAUCACGAGCUGCCGCCACCGAAGCGCUCCAAAAAGACCAUCACAUUACAGUCGCCACAGCAGCCGCUCGCCAUGAUUGGACAGCCGCUCUCGUUGCAGCAUACGACGGGGCAGCGUGGCAGACCGCCCAAAAACAAGAAGGCCUCAUUGGCAGCCACGGCCAUUAAGAUUGAGAUCAAUGAGCCAUUGCACAGUCAGCAUAUUAUCAGCAGUGCCAGCGGUCUCUCCAUACAGCAGCAGAUCAAUCAGCAUAUGCAACAGCAGGCACAACAACAACAGCAGCAGCAGCAGCAACAACAACAACUCCAUCUGUCCAUGGGACAGACGGUCAAGGCGCGUUUCAUACCCACAAAAUAGAAAUUAGAAAGAGAGAACGAAGAUAGAAAGCGAGUUAGAGCGAAAGAGCGAAUGGGCGAAUGAGAGAGUGAAUGAGAGCGAGAGCGGACAUCUAUAACGCUCAGUUAUGUCUUCGAUCGGUCUGUCGUAGCGCUUUCAUAAUCCACAAAAAUCAUCUUUAGCAAUAGUUACAAGUUUUGAACAAAACAUCACAUAUCUUUUGAGCACUUACAUAGACAUACAUACAUCGAUAACAAUAUGCAAUAUACGAUAGCUAAUAGCUAAUUACUAAUAACUAAUACAGUGGUUGCUCGCAAACUAGAAUUUUUGCUAAUUCAAAUUUUUCAGAAAUUAGAAUAGCCAUAAAUUUGAAUUUCUGAAAGAAACGAAACGGUUGUUUGUUUUCCUCUGUUUUGUUUUCUAUCUACAGAAUAUGAUUAAAAUUCACCUAUGCCAGUUUGGUUAUUUAACAAUAUAAUAAUUUGAAAGUAUUUAAAAAAAAAAAUAAGAAAACAAUAAUGCGCUAUGAGAUUAUAAUCUGUUGAAAAUUUGAAUUGCACAUGAAACAAAGUCUUAAGUACCAAGUAAGCACUGUAAUAGAUAACUGAUAUUUGAAUAUGAUAGUAAGGAACGGAGUGGGUAGCCCGCAUUGUCGCAUCGGCUGAAGAAGUUAAGGCUGCUGGUUCGGUUUCUUGACGUCGCGAUCUGCCCGCUGUCGCUUAACCAAAUCAUAAAUAAACCAAAAAAAAAA